GGCCUUAUGAGAAGGGGCUCUUGUCAAAUCGAUCACUUUUUCAUAAACGACAGGACGAACCUUUUUCAAGAGGCUACAUCGGGAUUGGUACAUGUGGCGACUGACUGUAUUCUGCCUCGGGGUUGGUCUGUUGGCCCAGGCCUACUCUGUUGAAUCCGAGGGAUCUCACAAGGAACUCCUCCAGAGAUUACUCCGGGUGCUUACUGAGAAGGCUAGUGAGGACGCACUCAGAGAAAUCACGCAUCAGUUUGAGGAACGUGGGAGUGGAAAUAAUAAAGGCGGCGAUAACGAUGACAACGCUGAGAAUGACGAUGACGCGGAUCUCGGACGUUUACUGGAAACGGUGCAGAGAAUAUGUACUGAGGCAGAUUUCGACGGUGUUCCCGUAUCGGUAAAGCAAACACUGGAGAAUAUUUGUUCCGUCCUCGACGAUGAGGACAAUGAAGGUGAGGAUGAAGACUUGGAUUCAUCAGAAGACGGAGAAGACACGGAAACAUCAGAGGACGGAAUAGAAACAAUGGGUAAACCAAAACCAUCUAAACUUAAGGAGACAGUUAAAAAAGCUUUAAGCUCGCUUGUUAAAUCAUGCAAGGCUAUUCAGAAAUCGGACGCUGGCACGGGACCGGAACGCGACAUGUUAGAAGAAAUGUGUGAAGCAUUAAAUGACGGUAAAGGUAAAAGUAACAUAGACGAAAGACGUAAAGAUCCCAAUGCAAAGACACUCAAGUUAUUUAAGAAAACAUUAUCAUCCCUCGAAGAUUUGUGUGAAAACGACGCUAUCGACGCUCUUAAGAUGAAGGUUGGCGGAAGACCUGUCGGUGAGAUCUUUGACAUUGUCUGCCAGAUAAUAUCAGGCGGACCUAGUCCAACAGAAGAGCCGAAACCAACUGGUGGACCAAAACCAACUGGAGAACCAAAACCAACCGACGAGCAAAUAAAGCGCGCAUUAGGCAUGUUGAAGAAAGCAUGUAAAGCUAUAGAAAAAACAAACGACGGACAAGGUCCCGCUCGUGUCGUCAUUGAGGAAAUUUGUCAGUCAGUGACAGGAAAUAAAGAUGACGACAAAAAACCGAACAGUUCAGAACAAAGACGCGGGAAAAAACCCAGUGAAAAUGCUCGCUUAUUUCAGGAUACGCUGGCAGCUCUAACUGAUAUAUGUGACAAAAGCGUCCCCGCCACAAAGGGCGAUAAAAUGUGGGGUAAAACGUUUGAUGAUCGUUUUGAUACAAUCUGCGACAUUAUAGAUGGUGAAGGCGUUUAUCCAACCGAUGGACCAAAACCAACAGGAAGACCUAAGCCAACUGGAGGACCAAAACCAACUGGAGGACCAAAGCCAACUGGAGGACCAAAGCCAAUUGGAGGACCAAAACCAACUGGACGACCUAAGCCAACUGGAGGACCAAAACCAACUGGAGAGCCUAAGCCAACUGGAGGACCUAAGCCAACUGGAGAACCCAAACGAAGAGGACAAGUUGGCGGUAUGGAAAAAAGACGGAAACCCAAACCAACGGAUAUCAAAAAGCAAGUAAAACACGCUAUAGGCUUGUUAAGCAGAGCGUGUUGGGUCGUUGAGACAUCGAGCGUGGGAAUUGGACCCGCCCGCGUAGUUAUCGAAGAAAUUUGCAUAACAUUAAAUUACGAUAACGACGAAGAAGAAAAAGAAGGCGGCGAUGAAACAGAAAAACGUGGAGGUCCCCUUGGCAAAUGGCGAUUAUUUGAAGAUGCAAUAUCAGCCCUAAGAAACGUGUGUGAAAACGAUGCUAUCGACAACCUUGAUAUGCAGAUAGGCGGAAGACCAAUCGGUGAUAUCUUAGACGUAGUCUGCGGUAUAAUUGAUAGUGAAGACGAAGGCGGACCGAGUCCAACUGGAGGACCCAGACCAACUGGAGGACCAAGACCAAGUAGAGGACUCCAACCAACUGGUAGACCAAGACCAACUGGAGGACCCAUACCAAGAAGAGGACCCAGACCAGCUAGGGGACGCAGUUGGUCUUUGUCCUCUACUUGGUCUUGGUCCUCCAGUCGAUCUGGGGGGUCCGCCAGUUGGUCUUCGUCCUCCAGAUGGUCUGCUGGAGGACCAAGACCAAGUAAAGGACCCAGACCGUUUGGUAGACCAAGACCAACUGGAGGACCCAGACCAACUGGAGGACCCAGGCCGACUGGAAGACCAAUAGAUAUAAAAGUCAAAUUCUAUAUCAGUGUGUUGAAGAAAAUUAAUCAAGCGUGUUCUGAUAAUGAUGACACCUCAAUAGACGCCCUUCUCCAGGCUAUCUGCGAAGUUCUUAACUGAUGAAUGUCGCCAAGACAUUUUUAUAAAUAACAGGCACUUCAAUAUAACAUAGCACUGGACAUAUUAUAAAAGGUACUUAUUAUUGCAAGCAAACUUAACAUUUAAUCAAGGAAAAAGUUGAUAUGUUUAAAUGUAUAAUGAAUCUUAUAAGUUAUCUUGUGUAAAGAAAAAAUGAAAUACAGUAUGAACAUUUCUGCUGAAAUAAAUAUUACGCUGGCUUGCCAUACAGAUUUUGUUUUCUGGGUUAUGCUACAACGAUAUGGAAUCAGUUUCCAAACCAGCACAAUAUUUUCAAAAUAACUUUGUCUGAUUUUGUUCUGAAAUAUCAAGGUAUGAUAGAUUUUGUGAUUAUUUUGGCGAUAAAAAGUGAAGGAUGAGUUCGAAGAUUGAAUAGAGAAUGAUGUCCAAAAAAAGAAAGAAAUGAAAGAGGUAAGGAAAGCCUGUAUACAAUACAAUUCGAGACAAAUCUCCAGAAAUAAA